UGGAAAUGCAAAUGGCGGCCAGUUGAGUCUUUCCACUCCUACAGAGAAGCGAGAAAAAGUGUGUGGAAAACCUUUGGAUAUCUGUUUGGAAUAGCGACAUCAACACGCACAACACCGUCAGCAGUGAGGAUGUCGCGCUGGGUGCCUACGAAAAAGGAGAAGUACGGAGUGGCCAUCUACAACUAUGACGCUCGCAGUAACGAAGAGCUGUCCUUACAGAUUGGAGACACCGUUCACAUACUGGAGACAUACGAAGGAUGGUAUCGAGGGUAUCGGCUAAGGAGAAAAUCCAAGAAGGGUGUGUUUCCGGCUUGUUAUAUCCAUCUGAAGGAGGCUACGGUUGAAGGCAGUGGGCAAAAGGAGACCGUGAUUCCUACUGAACUUCCUCUGGUUCAUGAGGUCACGACAACGUUACGAGAAUGGGCCGCAAUAUGGAGAGACUUAUAUGUGGGCGACAAGCGGGAGAUGUUCAACACUGUCCGAGACAUGAUCUACGACCUGAUCGAGUGGCGCUCGCAGAUCCUGUCCGGCACACUUCCACAGGACGAGCUGACUGAACUCAAACAGAGAGUCACCUCCAAGAUGGACUACGGGAACAAGUAUUUAGACCUGGAUCUGGUGGUGAGAGAUAAAGAUGGGAAUAUUCUGGAUCCCGACCUCACUAGCACCGUCAAUCUGUUCAAAGCGCAUGAAACCGCGUCCAAGCAGAUUGAAGCUCGCAUCCAAGAAGAGAAGUCUCAGAAGCAGAACUUGGAUCUGAGCAGGCUGGCGAAGUUUGCCUCAACACCCUCAUUCGCUCUGUUCGUCACGCUCAAAAAUGUCGUCUGCAAAAUCGGAGAAGAUGCUGAAGUGCUGAUGUCACUUUAUGACCCCAUUGAGUCCAAGUUUAUCAGUGAAAAUUAUCUUGUGCGCUGGUCCAGCUCUGGUUUGGUGAAAGACAUCGAUCAGCUUCAUAACCUACGGGCCGUAUUCACAGAUCUGGGGAGUGAAGAUCUGAAGAGGGAGAAAAUCAGUUUUGUUUGUCAGAUCGUUCGAGUGGGCCGAAUGGAGCUCAGAGAUAACAACACUAAAAAAUUAACGUCAGGCCUCCGCAGACCCUUCGGUGUGGCAGUAAUGGACGUCACAGACAUCAUCACAGGAAAGAUGGACGAUGAGGACAAGCAACACUUCAUUCCCUUCCAGCCGCUUGCGUUGGAUGAUGCCAUUCGCCACAGGCAGCUGAACAUCUCCCGUUUUUCACCCAGGGUGGCAGGAGAGAGCGACUUCCUGCAGAGCGUCAUCAACAAGGUCAUCGCUGCUAAAGAGGUCAAUCACAAAGGUCAAGGUUUGUGGGUCACACUGAAGCUUCUUCCAGGUGAUAUUCAUCAGAUCCGCAAGGAUUUUCCUCAUCUGGUGGAUCGAUCCACUGCAGUCGCCCGCAAAAUGGGCUUCCCAGAAAUCAUCAUGCCAGGUGAUGUUCGUAAUGAUAUCUAUGUGACGCUGGUUCAAGGUGAUUUUGACAAAGGCAGUAAAACGACACCAAAAAACGUUGAGGUCACCAUGUCUGUACAUGACGAAGAUGGCAAGAAACUUGAGAGCGUGAUCUUCCCUGGUGCUGGAGAUGAAGGCAUUCUGGAGUACAAAUCUGUCAUUUAUUAUCAGGUCAAACAGCCGCGCUGGUAUGAAACAGUCAAGGUUGCGAUCCCGAUUGAAGAUGUGAACAGGAGUCACCUGCGCUUCACCUUCAAGCACCGCUCGUCACAAGACUGCAAAGAUAAAUCAGAGAAGAACUUUGCUCUGUCAUUUGUCAAGCUGAUGAGAUAUGAUGGCACAACGCUGAGGGAUGGAGAACAUGACCUCAUCGUCUAUAAGGCUGAAGUCAAGAAGCUGGAAGACUCCUCCAUGUACCUGAGCUUGGCCUCCACCAAACCUGAGAUGGAGGAGAGAAAUCCUUCAUCUGGGAAAAACGCACAGAAUCUGGGAAGUUUCACCAUCAGCAAAGACUCCUUUCAGAUCUCCACUCUGGUUUGCUCCACCAAACUCACACAGAACGUGGAUCUGCUGGGUUUGCUGAAAUGGAGAUCCAACACCAGUUUACUGCAGCAGAACCUGCGGCACCUGAUGAAGGUGGAGGGUGGAGAAGUGGUCAAGUUUCUGCAGGACACACUGGACGCUCUCUUCAACAUCAUGAUGGAGAACUCAGACAGUGAAACUUUUGACACUCUUGUGUUUGAUGCUCUGGUCUUUAUCAUCGGACUGAUCGCAGACAGAAAGUUCCAUCAUUUCAAUCCAGUGUUAGAGACGUACAUCCGCAAACACUUCAGCGCAACCCUCGCCUACACGAAGCUGACUAAAGUGCUGAAGAACUAUGUGGAUAACGCAGAGAAGCUGACGGAGCAGCUGCUGAAGGCUCUGAAGGCCAUCGAGUACAUCUUCAAGUUCAUCGUCAGAUCCAGAGUUCUGUUCAACCAGCUUUAUGAGAACAAAGGAGAGAGUGAUUUCAUGGAGUCUCUCAGGAAUCUCUUCGCUUCGUUUAACGCCAUGAUGAACAGCGGUGCUGAAGGGACCGGCGGGGUGAAGGGUGCUGCGCUGAAAUACGUCCCGACAAUCGUCAAUGAUCUCAAACUGGUCUUUGACCCAAAGGAGCUCAGUAAACUCUUCAGUGAGUUUAUCCUCAAAGUGCCUCUGGGGAGACUGGUGAAGCAGAAGCUCAACUGCAUGAUCGACAUCGUCCACAGCGACCUGUUUACUCAGCAUGACUGCAGAGAGAUCCUGUUGCCUCUGAUGACGGAUCAGCUCAAACUUCAUCUGGAGAAUCAUGAAGAGCUGGAAUCCUGCUGUCAGCUGCUCAGCGACAUACUGGAGGUGCUUUACAGGAAAGAUGUGGGCCCGACGCAGUGGCACGUGCAGAUCAUCAUGGAGAAACUGCUGAGGACCAUCAACAGGACCGUGAUCUCCAUGGGCAGAGACUCUGCUCUCAUAGGGAGUUUUGUGGCCUGUAUGACUGGCACACUUCGGCAGAUGGAUGACUAUCACUAUACACACCUCAUCAGCACUUUCGGGAAGAUGCGCACAGAUGUGGUGGAUUUCCUCAUGGAGACGUUUAUCAUGUUUAAGGACCUGAUUGGGAAGAACGUCUAUCCUGGAGACUGGGUUAUAAUGAACAUGAUGCAGAAUAAAGUCUUCCUGCGAGCCAUCAAUCAAUACGCCGCCGUUCUCAGCAAGAAGUUCCUGGAUCAAACCAACUUUGAGCUGCAGUUGUGGAAUAACUACUUCCAUCUUGCCGUGGCUUUCCUUACCCAGGAGUCUUUGCAGCUGGAGAACUUUUCGAGUGACAAACGGGCCAAGAUCUUCCACAAAUAUCAAGACAUGAGGCGACAGAUUGGAUUCGAGAUUCGAGACAUGUGGUACAACCUCGGCCCACACAAGAUCAAGUUCAUCCCGGAGAUGGUGGGUCCCAUUCUGGAGAUGACGCUGGUUCCGGAGAUCGAGCUGCGAAAAGCCACUAUUCCCAUCUUUUUUGACAUGAUGCAGUGCGAGUUUCACUUCAGACGCUGCUUCCAGACGUUUGAGAACGAGAUCAUCACCAAGCUGGAUCACGAGGUGGAGGGAGGCCGCGGAGAUGAACAGUACAAAAUCCUCUUCCAGAAGAUUUUGUUGGAGCACUGCAGAAAGCACAAGUAUCUGGCUAAGACUGGCGAAACCUUCGUGACUCUGGUGGUGCGUCUGUUGGAGAGACUCCUAGACUACAGGACCAUCAUGCAUGAUGAAAACAAGGAGAACCGCAUGAGCUGCACAGUUAACGUGCUGAAUUUCUACAAGGAGAUCGAAAGAGAAGAGAUGUACAUCAGGUACCUGUAUAAGCUGUGUGACCUGCAUAAAGAGUGUGACAACUACACAGAGGCCGGAUACACAUUACUGCUGCAUGCCAAACUCCUCAAGUGGUCAGAAGAGGCCUGUGCUGCUCACCUGACGCAGAGAGACGGAUAUCAGGCCAGCACUCAGGGUCAACUCAAAGAUCAGCUCUAUCAGGAGAUCAUCAACUACUUCGACAAGGGCAAGAUGUGGGAAGAAGCCAUCAUCCUGGGGAAGGAAUUAGCAGAACAAUACGAGAACGAGAUGUUUGACUUUGAGCAGCUCAGCACCUUACUGAGAAAACAGGCUCAGUUUUAUGAGAGCAUCGUGAAGGUGAUCAGACCCAAGCCGGAUUACUUCGCCGUGGGUUAUUAUGGACUGGGCUUCCCUUCGUUCCUGCGGAAUAAGAUGUUCAUCUACCGGGGAAAGGAGUACGAGCGGUGGGAGGAUUUCGAGGCUCGGCUGCUCACUCAGUUCCCUAACGCUGAGAAGAUGAAGACCACCACAUCUCCCAGUGAGGACAUCCGGACCUCCUCUGGACAGUACAUUCAGUGUUUCACAGUGAAGCCCUUGCUAGAACUACCACCAAAGUUUCAGAACAAACCCGUAUCAGAGCAGAUCGUCAGCUUUUACACCGUCAACGAGGUGCAGAAGUUCCAGUAUUCACGGCCGGUCCGGAAGGGAGAGAAAGAUCCAGACAACGAGUUUUCAAACAUGUGGAUUGAAAGGACGACUUAUGUAACGGCCUAUAAGCUGCCUGGUAUCCUGCGCUGGUUUGAAGUCCUGUCUGUGUCAGCGGAGGAAAUCAGUCCUCUGGAGAAUGCGAUGGAGACCAUGCAGCUGACCAAUGAGAAAAUCAGCAACAUGGUUCAGCGUCACCUCAAUGACCCGAAUCUUACCAUCAACCCCCUCUCUAUGCUGCUCAAUGGCAUCGUUGACCCAGCUGUCAUGGGCGGCUUUACUAAUUACGAGAAGGCGUUCUUUACUGAGAAAUACUUCCUAGAACAUCCAAAUGACCAGGAGAAGAUUGAAAGACUGAAGGAUCUGAUUGCCUGGCAGAUUCCGAAUCUGGCUGAAGGAGUGCGAAUCCAUGGAGAGAAGGUGACGGAGGCUCUGCGGCCGUUUCACGAGCGUCUAGAAGCCUGUUUCAGACAGCUGAAAGAGAAGGUGGAGAAGCAGUACGGCAUCAGAACACUACCUACAAUGACGGAUGAGCGGCGCGGCAGUCGACCUCGAUCAAUGGUUCGCUCCUUCACCAUGCCGUCGUCUCAGAGGCCUCUGUCUGUGGCAUCCGUCACCUCCUUAUCCUCAGACAACUCGCCAUCCAGACCGGGAUCAGACGGAUUUGCCUUGGAGCCUCUCCUGCCAAAGAAGCAGCACUUUAAGUCUCAGGAUAAACUGGACCGAGACGAGCCUGAGAAAGACAGAAAGGAGAAGAAGAAAGAGAAGAGGAACAGCAAACACCAGGAGCUGUUCGAUAAAGAGCUGAAGACGGCCGACAUUCCUUUGCAGGCCAAUGAGGCCGUCAUUCUGUCAGAGACGAUCAGUCCAUUGAGGCCCCAGAGGCCGAAGAGUCAAGUGAUCAACCUGCUGGGUGAGAAAAGACUCUCGGUUUCUCCAGGAGCGCCUGCCAACCCGGCUGUGCCCAAUGUUCCUCCACCCAUCACCCCACGGGCCAAACUGCAGUUCAGCCUGCUGUCUGGAUCCAAUCUGGAGCUGAAUGGGACGAGUUAUGCAGAUAAGGGGGAAACCCCGCCCCCACUCCCUGUCAAAAGCAGCAUGGGUGACUAUGGAAACCUGAUGGACAACUCAGACCUGGCCAGUCCGACCACACCCCCUCCACCACCACCACACCAGCGGCACCUUCCACCCCCAUUACCCAGCAAGACCCCUCCGCCUCCCCCACCAAAGACCACUCGAAAACAGACCUCCAUUGACUCGGGAAUCGUCCAGUAAGAGAGAAGAUGGCAUUGUCAGAUGGAGACGUCCGCAUCGGCCCUCAUCCAAUGAUUUUACGUCAACAUCCCUGACAGAACGGCAUGAUGAAUACCUCACCUCAGCCUCGCUCAUAACAGCUGAUCAUUGAGUGUCCAAAAGCCUCGACCCCGGUGACAGAGCAAACCCAGAGCGGAAAAGCAGCUGACGCCUCGCCAGACGACAGCAAAUAUAGAUGUAGUCUAACUGAAGUCAGGGAAUUCUGGGUGUUGUUGGCAGAUGGUGCAUGUUUAACUAAAAGCUUGAGAUGAAUUGAGGUUUUUCUGGCGGGAAGAUGCUUUUUUAUGCACAUUA